AUGGAGGAGCCCACCAUGGACACGGAGGCUCAUCAUGUGCCAGAGGGUGAAUACCCACAUUCGCCAUGGGUAGAGAUAGGCACAUUUGCUUCUCCCCAGCACUCGCCUCCCAUGCAAGAAUAUAGUGCGUUUGACUACAGCCAGUCGCAGCUCAUGGCCGUAGACUCGUAUGGCAUGUCAAUACCGCCUCCUUACGCCUCGAUGCCACUGCCUAUGCCUUCGCAUUCCUGGCCCAGUAUGCUCACAACACACUCGCCGUUUGCUGCACCUGGAUUACCUGUUUCCACUCCGACAUCGGUGUCGCCUUCAACUCCCAUGCCUCCGGUGCGGAAGACCUCAACUGGAGGGUCUACACCGCGCAGGACACUGACCGACGAUGACCGCCGACAAAUGUGCAUAUAUCACGAGGAAAACAAGACUGCAAAGCAAACUGAUAUUGGAGCAUUGUUUGGAGUUGAGCGAAGCACUGUUUCCAAAGUUCUUCGCCAGAAGGAAAAGUACUUGAACCCUGAAGAUGGGAGCCGAUCUCCCAUCAAACGGGCCAAGGGCAGAGUCCCUGAUAUUGAGAAAGCUCUAUCCAACUGGGCAAGGAACUACCAGCGCCAAGGAUAUCCCCUGAAUGAUGAAAUGAUCAAAGAGAAAGCACUCUUCUUCGCUAGUACCUGCGGUUGCCCUGAAGGCAAGGAAAAGGUCUGCACUACAGCCUGGCUCGAAAAAUUCAAGCAUAAAAACAAUCUCCUCGGUGCAAAAGUGCGCAGAGGAUCUACCGAAAUUCGCAGCGGAUCGAACAGUCCAACCCAUCUCAAUACCGACUUUGGAUCUGCUCUUCAAAGUCCCACCGGACCCUCGCCUACAUCUCCGGUUGAUGGCUUCGGAUCCCCAUUAUCCCCAGCUAGCCAAGAAGGAUUCAAACGAGACAUUACCGAACUACCCGAUCUGACAGGUGGGUACCAACACGGGUAUUCCAAGAGUACAACCUCGCUCGACACUUCGUCGGCGGGUAUGAUCAGCCCAACAUCCACGUUGGUCUCCGACAGCCCUUUCACACCGACAAGCCAAUCCCGCCUCCCAGCUGCCAACAGCAACCGCCCACGCAGCCAGACGUUCCCACUUGUCCCCAUUGAUCCAAGCCUCCUAUCGAGUGAUGAACUUGCAGACCCACAGCGCCAAAAGCGCGAACUCCAACAAUCACUUUCGGUCUCCAUCUUGGAAUCCCCCGUGGAAAUGGACGACACCAAUUCCGUCAUGUGUCCGAUCCACCAGACAAACGUCAUCAAGCGCAAUCGAAGCAACCCCGAAAUCAAGACCAUGUCCAUGCCGCCACCAUCAAAGUCUACUACCAUCUCGCCAAUCAGCUCUCCUGGAUCACCGACGCAGGACGAAGCUCGUCGCGCCCUGGAACUCGUUAUUAACUACUUCGACCAUCAGCCUGCUGGCCUCGCCGCACAGGAGUACAUGACUAUCGGAAAGCUUAUGGAGAGACUUGAGCUUGCCAAGAGCCAGGCUGGGUUUCUGUUGGGUGGCUUGCCGCGCAUUGAUGAACAUGAGGAUAUUCCAACUAUCCCACGUGUGACGAAGAAGAGAAGCAUCCACAAUUUGGGAUGA